GGGUAAGCUCCACACAAAGUAGUUCCUCGCGGCUUACAGGAACGCGGGUAGUGUUUGUGCGAUCGAUCGAUCUUUCUCUGCUCAGAGAAGCUAGGGUCUUCGACGGGACGCUUGUGGCGCUUUCCCCAGCAGCGAUCAGCGAUUAUGGCUUUCGUGAUCAAGAUAAGAUACGAAGAGUCUCUGCGGAGGCUCACUGUUCCGGCAUCAUCAAACGGAGCUCCGGCGAUUUCUUUUGCGGAGCUUCACUCGAAAAUCUGUGACAGCUUUGGAAUCCCUACUGCUUCAAAGCUGGUGAUAACUUACGUCGACAAGGACAACGAUGUGAUUACUAUGGCGAAUGACCAGGAGUUGGAGGACGCUUGCGUGCUCCAGGGAAUAAAUCCUCUCAGGCUGGACGUCCGCCUGGAGGUUCCCCUUGGGAGCAGCUCCAGCAGCAGCGAAGGAGCGUUUGUUGGGGAUAUCAAACCAAUCUUGGAGGCGGCUCUCAAGGCGUUUGAUGCCGAGACGCUCAAGGAAGCUGUGCAUCCCUUCCUCAAGCCCCACAUGGUGACGGUGGCGGACCUUAUGCGAGGUCUUUCCGGAAAGAUCCGCGCUGAGUCGUCGACCACCACCUCUGCUGCCGAGAAGUCUGCUGCUGCGCCUGAUGCUGUGCCUCCUCCGGCUGGUGAUCGUAGCGAAGCUCCUCGUUCUGGAAUGGAGAACGUCUUCCACCAGAACGUCCAGUGUGAUGGCUGUGGCACGUCACCAAUUGUUGGUCCACGCUUCAAGUCGACCAGCAAGCACGACUAUGAUUUGUGCGUGACUUGUUUCAACAACCUGCCGAAAGGCGGUCAGCUGGAUUAUACUCGCUACGACAAACCAAUUCAUCGUCAUCACUACGUUCCUCCCGGGCGAGUGCAGGGAAGAUGCCCAGCUGCGUUUGGGCCGAACCGCUGCCGCUCUGCAUGGGGACGUGCGGGUGACUAUCAUCGUCACUCGGAAACAGAGUUUGCUCCAAGACCAUUCUCUCCGUUCUCUCCGUUUGGCCGUCCGAUGGAUGUGGCGUACGCCAAACCGGAUGGCCGCUUCGUCUGCGACGUCAGUAUCCCUGACGGGACUGAAGUUAGCCCCCAUACUCGCUUUGUGAAGAUAUGGAGGCUUCGUAACAGCGGCAAAGUUGCCUGGGCACCCGACACUAGACUGGUGCGUGUAGGCGGCGACGAGAUGGGAACAGUGUCGGCUGUGUCGCUGCAGACCGAAGGUGCUAGCGUUCUUCCAGAUGCCGAAGUUGAGGUAGCGGUUGAUCUCGUUGCCCCGGCUCGAGCAGGACGAUAUGCAUCGUACUGGAGGCUUGUAACACCUUACGGUGUUAAGUUUGGACACAGAGUUUGGGCACUGAUCCAGGUCACGCCUAACGCGUCUGAGAGCGAUGUCGAGGUGAAGGCCGAAAAGCCUGCUGGGGAGGAGAGUCCUGUCGUCGUGGUAGACUUCGAUGACGAAGCGACGAGCGUGGAGGUGGAAGUGAUGGUGGGCGAGGCUGUGCCGAGUGAGAAGAGCUUUGAAGGCGAGGACUUCAAGGCGGAUGAAGUCGAUGACGGGUUCUCUCUGGUGGAGAUGCCGAAAAGCGAGGAAGCUUCGGCAUCUUCGCCACCGAUGCCACCGAUGCCAGAGCCCGAGCCCGAGCUGGAAGCGGCGGAGGUUCCUGCUACUCCACUGGCCUCUGCGGAGAAGAGGGUGACUCCAGUUGCUCCAGUUACUCCAGUUACUCCGGAGGCCUCUCUGGAGAGCCAGAAGGAGAAGGCGGCGGUAUUCUUCCAGACGAUGGGUUUCACCAACAAGAAAGAGCUGAUAUACGAGCUCCUGGAGAAGAACAACAAUGACUUCCACCGUACGCUGGAUGAUCUCGUUGCUGCGGCCGAGUGGGAUCCCAUCUUGGAGGAGCUCCAAGAGAUGGGGUUCUAUGAUACGGAGAUGAACCGCAAGCUGAUGAUCAAGAACGGUGGGAGCGUGAAGCGCGUGGUGAAAGAACUUGUGCAGAUGUACAAGGAGCCAGCUCCAAAGCUGGCAGACAAGAAAGAUUAGGACGAUUCUCGUCGGAAAUGCCCCCAUAAAAAGGAAACUUCUAAAAAAAUCUCUGCAAUAAUUUUUGGAAAUGAUUUUUGAUUUGAAUAAACCGUGUGUGAAUAAA